AACAAAGUCCCACGUGACCGCCGGCCGCCGCGAGCCCGUCGGCAACAUGGCGGCUCCCAGGGGCGGCGGCGCUGGCGAGGCCGGCGCGGAGGGCCUGUACGUGGCCGUGGAGCGCUGCCCGCUCUGCAACACCGCCCGCCGCCGCCUCACCUGCGCCAAGUGCGUCCGCCAGGGGGACUUCGUCUUCUUCGACGGCCGCGACUCCGAGCGGUUCUCUGAGAAAAAAGAGAGACUAAAGCACCUUAGGAACAAGCAGAGCGAAUUCCAAGCCCAGUUGCUAAAAGCCAUGGAAAGGAAAUGGAUAACCAGCGAUCAGUUGAGAUGGAAAAUCAUGUCUUGCAAGAUGAGAAUCGAGCAGCUGAAACAAACCAUUUGCAAAGAGAACGAAGAAACGGCCAGACAUGCCGAGUGCCUCCUUAGAGUCAAGGACGAGAACCAGAAGCUUUACCGGCGGGCCCAGCGUCACCAGGAGAAGAAGGAGAAGAUCCAGCGGCACAACCGCAAGCUGGGCGACCUGGUGGAGAAGAGGAUCUGCGACUUGAGAAACCAGCACGAGCACCUGGCUUGCCUGCGGCGGUCGCACGUCCUCGAGCUCACCUCCGUCAUCUUCCCGAUCGAGGAGGUGAAGAUCGGCGCCAGGGAUCCGGCGGACGUCUCCUCCGAGAGCGACGGCGCCAUGACCUCUAGCACUGUCAGCAAGCUGGCAGAAGCCCGGAGAACGACCUACCUGUCUGGGCGUUGGGUCUGCGACGAUCACAACGGGGACACCAGCAUCGGCAUCACAGGACCUUGGAUGACCCUGCCCAGCAACGGCGACUAUUCCGCUUACUACAACUGGGUGGAAGAGAAGAAAACCACACAGGGGCCAGACAUGGAGCAUAACAAUCCCGCUUACACCAUCAGUGCUGCUUUGUGCUACGCCACUCAGCUGGUCAACAUUCUGUCCCAUUUACUUGACGUGAACCUUCCCAAGAAGCUGUACAACAGUGAGUUCUGCGGGGAGAACCUCAGCAGGCGGAAGUUCACAUGGGCGGUGAAGAAGCUGAAUGCCAACAUUCUUUACCUUUGCUUUUCUCAGCAUGUCAACUUGGACCUGCUGCACCCUCUGCACACGCUCAGGAACCUGAUGUAUCUGGUCAGCCCUGAGACAGAGAACUUGGGAAGAUCUGGGCCGUUUGAGAUCAGUGCCGACCUGGAGGACUCCAUGGAGUUUGUCGACCCCAGUGGUGCCGGCGAGACGGACGAGAGCGGCGACGAACACAUCAGUGACGAAGAGACGGACCUGGGAACAGACUGGGAGAACCUGCCCAGCCCCCGCUUCUGCGACAUCCCCUCCCAGACCGUGGAGAUGCUGCAGAGCCAGAGCACGCAGGCCUCGCAGCCCGUCUCCAGCAGCAGCGCUGGUGGUAUGAUUUCCUCGGCAGCAGCCUCCGUGACCUCUUGGUUCAAGGCGUACACCGGUCACCGCUAGGAAAGGGUUAGUACCUUACGGGGGAGGGGACGCUCCCCACUGUGAUCUGCCACCACUGUAGUAAAACAUGGCCUGUCGAUUUAAGUAGUGCCUGCAACGAAAAGGGUCAGACUUUUCAAUUGUGUCAGCCCAAGAGACGCUUGUUACUUGCCCAAGCCAACUGUGAUGGAGACACUUUUUACGUGCCCGCGGCGAACGUGACCGUUUUGUAAGCCUCUCUUGACAUUUCGCGUCAAAAGGAGAACUCAGAGCCUCGGAAUCCUCGUCCGUCUUGCCGGGGAGAUUCCUGUCUGUGAUUUUAAUUUUUUUAGACGGUGCUUUCUAAAGAAAGAAGCGGACUCGGGGAGCGCGCGUGACCUGGCGAUCGUCCGAACCUGGGCGGCGAGAGAACCACUUGCAAAUGCGGUUGGACGGUCCUGCUCGCCCGUUCCCAUUUGAUCAGUUUCUAACAGGGUUGUUUGGAUUACUUUGGGUUUUUUUAACGUCUGUCUGUCUUUCCGUGCACACAAGUUUUACAGCACAAACGCACAUUUUCGGCAGCGGCGGAGUGGGCGAGAGGUGUGCAUGUUUCCUAUCUUUGGUUUCUAAUCUGCAUUGCCAUAAUUUUUAAUACAGAAAAUAAUCAUGGUUCAUGAGAAACUUGAUAGAUGUUUUUUUCUCUUUUAGGAGAAAAAAAGGAUCAGUAACUGCUAGCCUUUUGUUUGGGGGGGGGGGGGUUGCUGUAGUUAGUAGUUAACCAUCUUUAGCGUUUAGCUACCUGGAGUUUCAAACACCUCCCUGACACCAAAGAGUCUGCACGUCGUAGGAACAGAUCCCGAGCAGUCCUGUCGUUCGUGGCACGGGAUUUUGCAUGGAAAGGAGCUGCGAUUCUUUGGCGGUUCUCCAUCUGUGUGGAGCGGCCGUCGUGGGACUCGUUUUCCUCCUCCGACACCGUCCCAGUGAAGCCCGACACCUUGAAACGCGGUCAGGCAGCUUCCUAGGUGUUGUGCGCCCCGUCUCUGUCUCCGUGCGCCCCUGCUCGUUUUUGAAACGAGUGGUGCAGCGUGGGGUUUCAGCCGGGGGUCCCCUCUCGGUCCGCUCCGUUUCAGAAGAUUCAAGCUUUGGCUUGCGCACGAGUCAAACGGUUUAGUUCCAGGGCUUCCCGAUUCCACGACGGCUGAGAAAGGCACUUCCGGUUCCCCCCAUCACGACGUGUUCAGCGCCGGCACUGCCUGUUGAAAUCCACACGCCUGGCACGUGGAAAAGCGAGGCAGAGAGGAACAGUUCAUGCAGUUCAGACCCAGGCACACGAGCACGAGUGGAUAGAUUGCACCCUGACUUAGUUUGGAACGGGGGCGGGGGGGAUUGGGGAGGAAAGGGCAGGUUCCGGCCGUGUCACCAGCUGCUGAUGGUGCAAGCCAUUCAGGAGUCCCCACUGGGUUGCAGCCGAGUGGAAAGACCCCCCCCCCCCUGAAUCUUGAAGAGCAACAACAUUCCAUUCUGUUCCCAGGAAGAGGAGCAACUACGUGGAUCCUCCUGUCUUACGUCUGAUGAUUUUCCCCCUGGCGGAAGCCAGUCGCUGCACAUCUGUGGCUGGCAGGCUGAGUAUCUAUGCUGCUCUCUCUCCCCUCCUGCUUGGGACUGCCCACAAGGGGGCGCUGUGCCUUUCAGUCUCAGCUGAUUCAGGGCAGGGGCCCUCUCGUGGCCUGGGCGAAAAAUCUCACUUAAGCUCUGUGUCCGCUCACAGGCCCUUUUUGCCAUCGGGGGUCACGGGCAAGAAGGCGUGUGCUUCCCCGAGAGGACUGUACCACAUGCUAUUGCUAAACAUUCGGAUGGGGGCUUUCUUGGCUGAGCAGGCCUGGAUUGCAUUAUUUUCAAAUCUCCCCCUCCCUCCCCUUUGACAAACUUUCCCCAGCUAGGUACGUAGACGGAAGGGCUUACAAGAAGAUGGAAGUCAUUUGUGUCACUUCUGCAGAUGAAGAUCGGGGCCAGGGGUCCACGCCGAUCAUUUCUGCUGCUUAAACCAAAGAUCUUUCUCACUCCGUGUUUUGAUUUAAAACCUAUUUGGUGAGAUUUCUCUGUCCACGAAGACUCGUUCACAGCGGUUAAAUCCGGCCUGGUCUGGGGUGGGCACCUGUUGACAUCUCGUCAAGUUAGCAACAAAAAGCUGGGGGAAACCGGAAUGGGGCAUAACUGGGGCUUUGUCCCAAAGUACAGAGCUCUCCUGCAGGUCUCUCCUAGGGGGCCCCCAGAUAUAACGUGGGAAACAUUUUCUUCGGGAAAAGCACUUUAUGAGUUGCGGCUGAGAUGGGUAAUUUGAACCCAGGAAUCAGUAGCUGCGGGGGAAGUUUGGGGGUGGUGGUGUUUCGUUCUCACCAAAUUUUUGAACUCCCCAUCAAGACCCUUGUAAAUAUUCUUGUGUGUCCCACCUUUAACUCCUCCUCUUUGUGUUUUACUUUGUCACUGUGCUUAUUUAUGACGCUUGUUUCUUAAAGCCCACCCCUCCACACACACGAGACACCCUUACCCGAUUCACCCCGAUGGGUUGAGGCGAUCCUUGGUUAAGCCAUUUGUACCUUAUCACUGUUGGAAUUUCCGGAUUUUUUUUUUUCUCCGAACGACACCUCUGCAAUACUGUAGCAUCUGUUCAAAGUCUACAGAGACACCUCGAGAGUUGUUAUAAUUUGGGGUGAUGCGCCCUUUUCACGGGUUUGGGGUUUUUUUGGGAGCAGUGUUUUUGCUUAUUUGUUUUUUAAGAAAAGGUUUUUAUGUGUGUGUGUAUAUGUGUACAUAUAUAUAUAUGGAAAAAAUCUGGGAGCAUGUGUCCAAAACUUCAGUGCAAUUGACAUGAGUGUGUCUGUUCAGUGGGGAAGAAGAGGCGGGGACCCUUCUUGCUGGUGGAGAUUGUGGUCGAGCGUCUCCACGAGAUCUCAUUGUGAAGCUGCAAAGGCCGAACUGUGCAUUUGAGGGCCAAGGUUCUCGAAGAUGCCCAGCGGCGUGUCUGAAACGCGGAGUCUUGCCCUCUGAAAAGAGGGAUUUCUCUUCGUGUGAACUCCAAACCCCUACCCCUUUUCAAAGGUUUUGGCCACCGCGUGCCACUGUUCAGCUUGUAGGGUCGUAACACGGACGUGUGUGUGUGUUUUCUAAAAAAAAUUAUUGUAUUGCCGCAAUAAAUCUUUAACAGGAGUUUUUCUAA